UCAAUUACGCUCGUGGAGGAAGUAUGGAUUGCACAAAAAAGUUACCAUACAUAUAUAUACAUACGAUUGAGUUGGUCAUUGCUUAGUUCUUGUGGAAUUAUAGACUGAAGUGGAGAAGAAGUUUAAGUUGCAUUCACGAAAUGGAGACGUACAAUUAUCUAUUUCACGAAAUAAUAGACAAGAGGACCGAGAAUUUGCCAUUGAUGAGCCCAGCCGUUCCGGUAAUAAUAAUCGGCUUAUAUUUGCUCCUCGUUCUUAAAUGCCUUCCCAAAUAUAUGGAGAAACGGAAACCGUAUGAUUUGAAAACGGUAGUUCAGUGUUAUAACAUCAUACAAAUUAUUAGCUGUUCAACGAUGGUAUACGGAGUGUGCACUUCGGGAUGGACGUUUUCUAAAUUAACCUGUUGGCCGAUUGAAUAUUCGUAUGAUUAUUUACCAAUGAGGAUGCUAAAUUGUGUGUGGUGGACGAUGAUUUUGAAGAUUUCUGACCUCAUUGAAACGAUAUUUUUCGUUCUCCGAAAGAAAGACAACCAAGUGAGCAAUCUGCAUCUGUACCACCACACAUCAACAUAUUUUAUUAGUUGGAUUAUGACGAAAUACGUGGGAGGUGCCAUGUACACGUUUCCAAUCAUAAUCAACAGUUUUAUUCACGUGUUAAUGUAUACAUAUUACUUCCUUUCGGCUCUCGGUCCACAAUGGCGACAAAGAAUAAAUCAUUUAAAACCUAAGCUCACGAUGUUGCAGAUGGUACAAUUCUGUAUACUGCUGAUCUAUAGUGCGCAAGUAUUUUAUGGCGAUUGUGAUGUAUCUUUUGGAAUUGCGAUAACAUUCAUCAUCGAUGUCAUGGUGAUCUUCGCUUUCUUCAUUAACUUUUACAUAAAAUCUUACAUGUGCAAAAAGAAGAAAUAAUAAUAAAUUAAAACAUUUU